ACCGUAUUUGAGGGCCAGAAAUGGCAGGAGUCGGACCUUUAUUUCCCUCUCUCCUCCCAAGAAUAGCGGAUCCUUUGUGGUUCAAUGUUGAUAAACCUUACGACGAUGAUACUGAACUCACUAAACUAGAAGAAGAGCAUCAGGCAAUACUGAGUAGCAUCGCUGAGAAGGACAAUGACAUCAUUCCAAUUGGGAAAACAGCAGCAGAGCAAUACGAUGAGGAUGAUGAUGAAGAGGAAGAUGACGAAGCGGAUGAUGAUGAUGAGAGCGACACCAAUGAUGAUGAGGAGUUGGAUGCUGACAUGAUCGAUGAUAGGGACUCACCUGAUGAUGCAGACAUGGACGUGAAUGAUCCAACAAGCGACUCUCCACCUUGGGGAUUGUGAGGACUGAUCAACGUAUUGAGUCUUGGUAUUCACCCUCAGUGGCAGUUAUCGUUAUAUGUCCAUGGAGUAUGAUGAAAAUUCAGUCCCUGGAGGUACUUUCACUCUCAGAUAGAACAUCGGGACGGACUGCAGUUGGAAGAGAGCGAGGAGUAGUCUUGCCAAUGAGUGUGAUGGACAAUUUAACAAUCUCACCACUAUCUUAGCUUUUCCUCCUCUAUUACUGUACAUAGACGCUUUUAAUGCAUCACAUGCAUUGGACAGAAGAGUCCAUUCAUAGAAGUGGACGUGUAAAGGUGUUUAGUGUUUACUGUUCAUAUUUGGUGAAGAUGUGAAAAGAUCAACCAAACUAAUUUCUGAAACAUGCAUUUAUUUGUCACUUUAUAAAGUAUUUUGUGUACAUGGAGAAUGAUUCCAUAUCUAAUACAAACUAUUUUGGUAAUAAUA